CCUCCACCCAGAUCUACUAUAUCUCCGAGAUCUCGCCCCUUCUCCGCAUACCCCAAUCCCCUCUACCGCCACGAUUCGCUCUGUCUCCUCCUCCCUCGCCCCUCCAAUCCACUCCACCUAGAUCUACACUGCAAUCGAGAUCUUCUAGUGGGUGGUAGAUCUUUGCGUCAUCUGACCUCCUAACCGGCAUACUUUUGGAGCUACCACGCCAUGGAGCAGCACUUACCCUAAUCAACUGCGCCACCCGUGGAGCACCCAGAAUGGGUGAUAUAAAUAAGAGGAAGAAAUUAGCGCAAGAGAGUUGUAAUUUUGGAAUCUCAGACCUCCCGGAUGAUAUGCUUGAGCACAUAGUAUCCUUCUUAUCAUUGAAUGAGGCCGUGAGGACUUGUGUUCUUUCCAAGAAUUGGAGCUACAUAUGGAAAUUUGUGCCUACCCUACGUAUUUCUGAUACAGUGGAUAAAUGUAACAGCUUAAUAGACAAUUUUUUGCGUGGCCAUGGGAACACCGCAAUCAUUGUUUGUGAUAUCGAGUUGACUAAUCUCGAGAAGGUAGAAAUGCAUGACAUGAUAGACACAUGGAUCUUUCAUAUCGUGAAUCUUUGCCAUGUUCAGGAGCUCAAAGUCAUUAGCUGUAUAGUGGAUGAUUUCCUAAAGUUCAGGGAUCAAGCUCUCAUCUCCAAGCACUUGAGGAGGUUAGAGCUUGAUAAGGUUCGCUUACAAGCUAGCACUGUUGAUUUCUCAACCUGCCCUGCAUUGGAAGAAAUAGAUCUGAUGUUUUGUUGGAUUGAAGCAAAUUACAUUAUAUCAAAGUCAUUAAAGCACCUGAUUGCAGUGGAAUGUGAAUUUGAUAGUGUGGGUGCACGCACUCACAUUUCUAUCCCCAACCUCAUCUUUCUUAAGUUAACUGAUAUUUGGCAUUAUACUCCUUUAUUUGAAGCCAUGCCUUCACUUGAAGUUGGAUAUGUUAGUCUAGGCGAGGACUGUUUAGACUAUUGUAACAACAAUAAAUCUUGGGGAUGUGAUAAUGUGGACUGCGGUUUUGGUUGCACUGAUGGUUACAAAUAUGAUAGCAUUCUUCUGGAAGGUUUAUCAAAUGCCAGUUACUUGGAGUUGCUAAGUGAACCAAGCAUGUUCAUUUUUGAUAGGGAUUUGCGGCGAUGCCCUACAUUUCGAAACUUGAGGACACUGAUACUCAACGAAUGGUUUUUGGUUGCUAACCUCCAUGGACUUGCACGCGUUCUUCACAACUCACCUAUUCUAGAGGAGUUGAAUCUCCUACUUUUAGAGGAGCCUAAAGAGGUGGUCGAAUCUAACGGGGACCAUUAUCAAGUGGAACAUCCCUUAUUGGAGACCCUUAAGGAAGUCAAAGUCAAUUGUGAAAGACAAUAUAUGUGGGUUCAGGAAAUAAUAAAUAUUUUGAUUACUUUUGGUAUAUCGCCUGAGAUAAUUAUCGUCAAAGAGAGCCAAAUGCAUCCAGAUGUCAUUUAGCUAUUGGGCUUUUAAAACUUCAAGAUUUAUUACUCCCCUACUUUUCUUAGUGGACUGAAUCAUGUAUGUCAACUCAGCAAUGGAGAUAUAUUACCCCUGCACAAGUGCACCUAUUUUCUUAUUGUAGUUUGCAUACAUAUACAUAGACCGUGAGUUGUAUUCUUAAACUUGCAUGAAAAUAUACAAGGCGACAUAUUGACAGAACUUGACAACAAAAUGUAUGUUUUAAAAUUGAUUGUAUGCUGAAUUUAUUUUGAGAUCA